AAACAAAAACGAGUUAGAAUAUUGUAUGGACAAUGUGUAACACUUGACUUUUGGCAGCUGCUACUCCCAAAUCGUCUGGUAACGUAGUUUGGCACUUGGCAAGUUGGCAAUUACAGUUGUAUCACAAUUGUUUUAAGCAAUUUGAUCUUUGGGCACAUGUGAAUCAUGCGUGUUCAUUCCUAGUAAUCAUGAUAAGAAGUUGUAUAGUUUAUUUUAGAAAAAACAGCUGUCGUGGUUUAGAACUAGAACACUUUAUUUAGUGUUUUUCAAUUUUAUAUAUUUGCUGUGUGCAUUUCAAAAUGAUUAAGAAAUAAUUGUGUGUGUGAAUCUACUUUGCAUUCAUUAUUGAAUCAUCACUAGCCCUUCCUGUAUAACAUUUUAAGAAUCCAAAACAGUUAGAAAAAAACUGAAAAAAAAUCUACAUGUAAUAGAAAGUGGAAAAGAUCAUGAAUAGGUCACUUUUUUUUCAUGGUAUUUUGUGAGUUUUUCAUAAUUAUUUUGAAAUUACUAUUAUUUGAUCGUGAUAUUUCCAUUGUUAUACAAAUUGUUUUUAUUAGUGAAUUGAUCAUUUGUAGAAUGUCAUGGCAUGUAAAUGACACCACUCAUAAGAGAAAUGUUUUACCUUAAUAUGGACAAUGCAAUUAUGUUGCUUAUUGAGGUAUUGUAUAGUGUUUUUUUCAUAGAAUACAGCUUAAUUAUCAAUAAUUUUCUUAACAAUGACAAUGAUAAUGCCAAUAUCUGAGUAUAAGAUUAUGCUGUCACAAUUCAAAAUGGAAAAUGAUAUUUUCAUUUAGAAGUUGUGCAUGUGAUCAAUGCGCUGAUAACUUGUCAAAAAUAAAAAUCAUAUCAUCACUUCAAUAGAAUUUGUACACUGUUAAUUGGUCCAAAAUGUUCAAUAUACUUAUUAACAGUGGCAGUAUUUCGAUUUCAAGAGGUUGUAAUUUUAAUUUUUGGUAAAUGCAUGACAUGUGUUGUAAUCCCACUAAAUAGUCACCUCAAGAACAUCAUCCAUCUCCAUGGUUCACAACCUAACCAACACAAAUUGAUACCUUCUAAAAUCAGUAUAUACAAUAAAAUUUGAUCGGUUCACAAAAAACUGAAGUUUUAAAAUGCGGAUUCUAUUCAUCGAACACAUAUGCACAAAUCUGAGGUUCAUAUUAUACUCAAUUUUAUGUUAUCUUGUACAAAUUGAGCAAGUUCUUCCAUAUUAAACUAAUUACAUUGAGGAUAUUGAAUAGUUUUUAAAACUGUUCAAUAGUUCCAUUAAGAGUGUUGAAAAAGUUGUGAAUAUUAUAUUAGAUUAUUUGUACUUAAUCUUUUCAACUAGUUGAAAUUUUUAAAAUGUGGCUCAUAUCAACAACAUUUCACUAGAUUAUUGGCUUUUGAAAUUGUUAUUUUUUAUUCACCUAAUGAUUUCAAACAUAUUAUUUAAGAUUACAAUUUUCUUUUUGUGUGUGUUUAUAAAUAGAGAUCUCUUUUGUUUAAUUUGGAUAUAAAUAGAGAUCUCUUUUGUUUAAUUUGGACACAAAAAAUUAAUUCAUUAUUUUCUAAUAAAUUUUGCUUUUAUUUUUUAGUUUUUUUGUAAGGUAGAAUCCAAAAUAUAUAAUCACAAAAUUAAAAUCUAUGUAUGUAUUAAAUAAAAGAAGAUGAAUAGAGUGUUGAUUUUUUUUUAAAAAAAAAUCAUUGAAAAUGAAUAAAAGUUGAACGUAUAUUAAAUGAUUAUGUAUAAGUGAGAAAAGAUAAUGUGAAUAUUGAAAUGUAAGAAAUAAGGUAUUGAAUAGAUAAAUCAAUGUACAGUCACUUCAAUUAUGAUUUACUUAAAAUUACUAUGAUAAGUCUGAUAAAAUGAGUUUCUAUUGCGAUGCUAGAUAUUUUUUUCCAAUAUAACACCCGUCGACAAAACUUUAUGUUGCACAAGAUUGUAAUAUCCGAUCAUGGGGGUAUAGUCUUUUUUGUGAAUUUUGUUCACUAUUUAUAGAAACAGAAGUGGAAACCUUCUAAUCUAUCACAAGAAAACUGAUAAUCGACAAUAAAACAUUUGCGUCAUGUUUUUAAUCUUAUUUUAAAUUUGUAAAAGGUUAGAUUAUUUAUUAUACACCAAAAGAAAAGGCUUCAAAUUCUACACACUUUUGAAUUUCAAGCUGCUCACCCAAAUUUCUCAUAUUACUUCAAAAGGUUUGUUGAAUGUAAGCCUGGACAGGGAUCAGAUAUCCGGGUUUUUGAAAAUAUUUGUGAUUUGCUUCAUAUGUUACGGAUAUCUAAUUUUUCGAUUUGUUUUGUUUCGGAAAAAUACGGAUAUUCGAAAAAAUGGAUAUCCGGAAAAUAAAUAUAUAUUUGCGGAUAUUUACGAAUACUUAUGAAUAUCUCAUAUGUUUUGAUUAAAACAAAUAAUUUUAAGAAUUUGAUAAAAAAAAAUUUUGUAAUUUUUUUUUUGCAUGGUAUGUUUGAUAAAAAUUAAAAGAAAUAGUGAAUCUACAUAUUUUGAACGUAGUUAACAAUUAUAAUAACACAAAACUUAAGAAAAAAAGUUUAUAAUUGUCAUAAAUGUGUUCUCUUCCUUUUAUGUAAUAUUUUUAUAUAAGUAAUAAUGUGGAUAAAAUUUAUCAAAUCAUAUGUUUGAAUAAUAAUUAUAUAAUUUUAUACAUUAAAAAAUUGAAAUAUAAUCAAGAUAUACAUGUAUUUAUAUAUUGGCGGAUCGGAUCGGAUAUUCGCUUCCCAAAAUUUUAAUAUUUGUGAUUUGUUUCGAUUUUAAUGGAUACUGAUUUUUAGUAUUUGUUUUGUUUCGAAAGUUUACGGAUAUCAGAAAUUUUCGGAUCGAAUAGAAACGAAUAACGAAUCGAAUCAAAUUUAACGGAUAAAAUGUCCGGUACUAGUUGAAUGUAAUAUACUCACUCAGUACUUCCGUCAUCUUCACGUCUACUCUUUCCAAAGCUACCACAUCAUAAACCCAAACCCAAUGAAACAAGUCCACGUGUGAAAGCUUGCAGAAAAGUCAAGCACCAUUUCUGCCAACUCUUUUAAUUUCACCAAACCUACUUGUUCUGUUGCUAGUAGACGCAGCCGCCACGAGAUGGCUCACAGUAGUACCGGGACCAGGGGUACUAUCGUGGUUUCUACAAUUCAUAAGAUCACAAUGACGUGUUUGCUUCCGACGUCCGCGAAUUUUCGUUGCUUUAUUAUAAAACCUUCAGUUAAAAGGUUAAUGUGUCGGCAUAUCUUUUCUUGGUUCUUUUCACUAUAUAUUUCUUUAUUUAUCAAAACACCUUUUUCUGCUGUAACAAAAAUAUAGUCUAUUUUAUAAGAAGAAGAACACUCUUAUUCAUGAAUGUGCUUCUUUCUUUCUCACUCUCUCAUCUUCUUACCUUUUGAAGAUUUCAACAUUUGAAAGUCGAAUUUCUGAAUCCAAAUCUCUGACAAUGGAAGCAAACCAGUUAUAUGGUUUGUAUCUACUUUUUGUUCUGUUACUGUCAGUGAGUUCGCCAGUGACAUCGGACGAGGUUGUUUCUUGUACAAUGUGUUCUUCCUGCGACAAUCCCUGUAAUCCCGUCCAAUCAUAUCCUCCUCCUCCGCCUCCUUCUCGUCCACCACCGUCACCAUCAACAACCACCGCAUGUCCUCCGCCUCCUUCUCCUCCGAGCUCCGGCGGCGGUGGUGGCAGCUCUUACUAUUACCCUCCUCCCUCUCAGUCCGGUGGCGGAAAAUACCCUCCUCCAUACGGUGACGGUGGUCAAGGCUAUUACUACCCUCCGCCGUAUUCAGGCAACUAUCCUACGCCGCCUCCGCCGAACCCUAUCGUCCCUUACUUCCCGUUUUACUAUCAUACGCCACCACCAGGUUCUGGUUCAUAUCGGUUUAUGAAUUCUUAUACUAUUAUGUUUGCUCUUUUCGCCAUCUUCCUCUAUUUAGUGUGACGAAAAAUACGUCGGAGUUCGCCGGGAAAUUACGAAGAAACAUCACAAUAAUGUGGCAGAUCGGUAGAUCUACAAUAGUCUUUGAAGGCCUUAGAUAUCUUUGAUCAUGGAAACUAGAUGUUGGAUCAAAUGAUUAUCUUUUACUUUCUGAUGUGUCAAACUUUUUUGCUUUUCUUGACAAUUUGUAUUUACAUUUUUCUCUUGUUAAUUAACAUUUUAAUUACUCGCUAUUCAGAAAUACAAUAAAUAAAUGUUACUUUCUAUCCA